AGAAAAUGUAUGACUAACUGAACGCAAGACGCUUGCCAAGCAUCACCUAAACAAGUUGUUGGCCUUCUUCUGCAAGUUUAUUUUUCCCCUUUAUAUCUCUGUAACGGCUCUUUCCUCUUUCUUUCCAUCACUCUCUCUUCUUCUCUUCUUCUCAGGCUAUUUGGUUCCAUUUUUGCUUCGAUUUUGAAGACAGUUGUCAACUGUCUAUGAUGCUUCUGACGCAGCAACCCGGACCGAUUUUGGAUAUACCGAUGACUUCGGAAGAAGGAUUGAAGAAAAUAGACGAUGCCAUGCUGAGGAAGAAAAUGAUCGCGGAGGGUCGCUCUGUUGCGCCGUUUACUACCGCACAAAACAUGGAGAUAUAUGAUUGCGUUUACAAUCUGUGUACACAAAAGAGUAAGAAUUACUCAGAGGAGAUUUAUGAGAAAUAUCUGAACUAUUUAGAAGAGUGGAUUAUGGAUAAGGUAAUACCAAGAUUGUUAGGCAAACAUGGUGCUGCUUUGUUAACAGAAGUUACAGAAUCAUGGUCAGAGUUCAAGGCAUUUGCAGACUCUUCGUAUAAAUUCGUUGAAUUCUUGGAUCGUUGGUAUGUUCCUAGAAGAGAAUAUACAUCCCUUGUUGAUGCCCCAAGACGCUACUUCUGCAUUCUGGUCUGCGAUAGGCUGUAUGGACAAAUUCAGGAAGCUAUAAUGAGUCUGAUUAUUCAAGAGCGUAAAGGAAAGGAUAUUGAUCGGAACCUGCUCAAGACUGUCUUUGGUUUUAUGGGACCGGAAGGGAAAGGAGCUACAAAUUAUUAUGAAAAGUUUGAGCAGAUAAUGCUUGCAGAAGCUGCAGCUUACUACUCUGAGUUGUCAAUGGAAUGGUGGUUUUGGCGCGAUUCAUUUACUAACUACCUGCAGAAGGUUGAUUGGUGCUUGAUUCAGGAAGGAGCCAGAGCAGAAGUUUAUCCUUACAAGACAACAAAAGAAAAAUUACUGAAUGUGAUAAAAUAUAUACUGCUUGAACGAAAUGCCAAUAGAUGGGCUCAGAAUCAAAAGGCUCAAGGAGUGACAGCUGAUGACAAGCAACUUCUAUCAAAAUAUGCCAGCUUAAGCCUUCUUGAUGAGGGUGACCUUGCUUCUAUGGACAUGGCACCAGAUCAGUGAAGAUGGACUUCAUUAGAGCACUAUUUUGCUUCAGGCUCAAUGUCAAAUGAGUCUAUGAUUUGUAAGAAUUAAUAUAGGUAGAAAGACAAAUGCUGGUUUUUGGCACGGUGUGUUUGGAAUUGCAGGAUCAUAAUUUGCAAGGACUUACCUACAGUUGCUUGGUUGCUCAUGUACUAAACUAAUGAAAAUGUUUUUUUCUCAAA